CACGUCUAUUCCCCUUUAUGAUCAUUGAUGGAAUGCAGUUGGUUGGAUUGAUUCAUUUAGUUUCCACAACAAGUCUUCAAAAGAACAAUUCAAAGUUGUAAAACGAUUUGGCACUGUUUACCAAAUAAAGUGGUGAAAACGCAAGAAUCAAACACUAAUAAUUUGUUAAUUCUCUGUUUUGCUUUCCCUAACAGCUACUACUCUCCCACUACAAUUCAUCCAUGUGUCUAUUAGCAGCUACUUGUACUUUUUUUAUAGUGAGGCUUGGCCCAGCUCUAUAAUUUGGCAGUAAAGAACAAAGAAAAACAUGCCACGGCCGAAAAAACACACAUAUACAUCCAAAAAUGUGUGCCCCUCACGAUGUUUCCAAAUGCUUUUCUUUUUUAAACUAGAAUUGCUUUCCUAGUUUAUGUGACCAAACAAGAGUUGAUUGCUGCUUCCAUUCUCCGACGACUGACUUCCGUCUAUCGAACUUUGAAUAUGCAGAGCACCUUCCUCCCUCCUGACAACGACGCGCCAGGCAAGUCGUUUUAUAACCACGCAGCUUACCUUGCUGACUCUUCUAUGGCUGCCAUUCUCCAUUCUACAGCAUCACAAUAAUUUAAGAGGAAGCACACCUGCUCUGAGAGUGCAGCCGUCAAUGGCUCAGCCGGAGCAGAGCAAGCAGCCAUGGGAGUACACCCUGCGGAAGUACCUCCUGCUGCUGGCCACCCUGGUGGUCAACGUGACGUACGCCGCGGGCUUCAACCCGCCGGGGGGCGUCUGGCAGGAGGACCCCCACAACGACGGCCAACGACUCGCUGGCGACCCCAUCAUCCGCGACAUCCACUACCGCCGCUACCUCGCCUUCUUCUACUGCAACGCCACCGCCUUCGCCGCCUCACUCGUGGUCAUCAUGCUCAUCCUCAUCCUCGCCGUUCGGCACGACAAGGAGAAGGAGAAGGAGAAGAAGGACGCCGUUCAGGUCAUCAAGCCGCUGCGGGCCUUCAUGGUGCUGGACCUGCUCAGCCUCGUGGGUGCCUACGCCGCCGGAACCUGCCGGGAUAGGACUUCCAUCGUCUACACCGCGGUUCUGGUGGCCGCUGUCUUCGCCUACAUCGUGGUUCUCAAGUUGCUGGACCGGUGUUUUCCAGAGAAGAACUCCGGCUCUAGCUCCAGCGUCGGCAUGCCCAACUCUGAAACCAACAACGGCACCGUACCCGCCGCCAGCGUAAUUCCCGCCGCUGACCCUGAAUCUGACCGCAAGGUCGAAGAAAAGGAGUCCCGGAAGAGGCUGAAAACCGAAGAAAGGCUCUGCAAGGUCCUGAUGCUUCUCGCGACGUUCGCCGUGAGCAUCACAUACGUCGCCGGACUGAGCACGCCUGGUGGCUUCUGGGACAGCACCGGGGGCAGCCACCGCCCAGGCGACGUGAUUCUCAGGGACCACCACAGCACGCGCCUGACGGUGUUUUUACUCUUUAACACCACGGCGUUCGUGGCGUCCCUGCUAAUCGCCGUGCUGCUCAUCAUCGACGGCAAGAAGCUCCGCGACAAGACGGCUCGGUUUCACGUGCUCUACGUGUGCAUCUUCGUAGCGCUUGUCGGCCUCAUUGGCGUAUACGCCGCUGGCAGCUGCAGGAAGACCGACACCACCGCCUACGUGGUCAGCCUGGUUGGUGCUGUUCUGGCAUACAUCCUGCUCCACGGCUUCUACACUUGGUAUUACUCCAAUUCAGCCCUACAAACUGAUGAAAAUCAGCAGACUGGUGACAGUGGUAGGGAGGCUCUGGACAAGGCUCGCUCUCUUGUUCUACUGCUCGCCACUCUUGCCGCCACCAUCACCUACACAGCGGGGUUGGACCCGCCGGGUGGCGUUUGGCAGGACAACGGUGACGGGCACAUGGCUGGUGACCCCAUCCUCCUCGCGACAAACGCUAGGAGGUACAAGGCCUUCUACUACUGCAACUCGGUUGCGUUUGUGGCCUCAUUGGUGGCCAUCGUCUUGGUCCAGAUGGAGAAGCUAGUCAAGCACCAUGUGCUGGAGGCAGCCAUGAUACUUGACCUGUUUGGCCUCAUCGGUGCAUAUGCCGCUGGGAGCUGCCGAAACGUGAACACCUCCAUUUACGCCAUGGCUUUGGCAGGGGCUGUCUUGAUCUAUGUGGUGAUCCAUGUUGUCUUCUUCACACUGGACCAGAACAACAACGACCAAGAAGAUCAGUUGCUGGAGAAGAAGCGCAAACGGUUGCUCCUCUUCGCGAUCUUGACCGUGACCAUCACCUACCAAGCCGGCCUUACCCCUCCUGGUGGCUUCCUGCUCCAGGACGACAAGCUCGGCCACCAUGCCGGUGACCCGGUCCUCUUGUACAACUACCCACGCCGCUACCAUGCCUUCUUCUAUUGCAACUCGGUGAGCUUCAUGUUGUCCAUCGCCCUCAUCAUCCUCCUGGUGAACCCCAAUUUGUACAGGCCAGCAAUACGAAGCAAUGCGCUAUCUGUUUGUACGGCGGUGGGUUUGCUUUGUUUGAUGGGGGCGUAUGCCGCCGGAAGCACGCAACACAUCAAGACAUCCAUCUACAUUUUCGUGUUGGUGGUCGUGGUCCUCCUCGUUGCAGCCGGACUGCUGCUAGUAUUUUUGUUGAGGGAACUGACUGGACAGGGGGACGACGGAGGAGAAAACAAAAAUGGCAUCUCGGCAGCUGCUGAGCCAUCCAUACCCAUUGAACAGGAGAAAGAAGAAGAAAAGGCAAAGAAGGAACAAGAAGAAAAAGCAAAGAAGAAAGAAGAAGAAAAGGUAAAGAAGGAAGAAGAAGAAGAAGAAAAAGCAAAGAAGGAAAAAAAGAAGAACCACGCGAGGCGCAAAUACCUGAUGCUGCUAGGUAUCUUGGUGGCGAGCGUAGCCUACCAGGCCGGCCUGGAACCACCCAGCGGAGCGUGGCAGAGCAGUGGGAACGGGUACGAGGCGGGUGACCCGGUGAUGCACAACAACAUGAGGCCCCGGUACCUUGUUUUCUUCUACAGCAACUCCAUUUCCUUUGUGGCUUCCAUCGUUGUCAUCAUCAUGUUGCUGCCGCAUUGGCUGCCAGACGAGAGGGAAGAAGAAUGGAAGGAAUGGUCGCUGAAGGUGAUGAACCGGACGAUCAGACUGGAUCUGUUUGCUCUCCUGGUGGCCUAUGCAGCCGGCUCCAACAGGGGGUGGAAGACGUCUGUGAUUGUGGUCGUGCUCAUCAUUGCCGUGCUGAGCUACUUUGCAAUCCAUAUGAUACUAUCAUGUACCGUUUGUCAAGGUAAGAAGACCCGAGGCACAUCUGCAAGCUUACAGCAUGUUGCCAUGACGCAACAGAGCGGCAACCAGAAUCCUCCAGCACAGUGUGAUUCAUUAUCAGUGUGAUCAGUGGUGUAGCUCCACAAACGUGAGGGCAGUCCACAAAGUAAUCCCAAAUUCAGCGCGAUUGGUCAUCUACCUAUUUCUCCCUGGCUCUAGAUCUGUAAUCAGCUUAGCUCUGUCCAAUCUCCCUGCUCUCUCCCUGCUCUAGCUAGCUCGCCCUGUUUUUAGGUUCCUGGUCUAGUUGAUGUAAUCUGAUGAAUAAGCUGCAUCCCAAUUGGAGCAUGCUGGCAUUGUCUCUCGACUCACUGGGCGUGCGGGCGUGUGUCUUAAUCCAAUGAACAUGCGUGGUAGGU